AUCUAGACACGCCGCCACUAGACCUAGCCAGUUUUCCUUCUCUGACGAACUCCGAUCACCGUGGCGACUCCCUCUGUCCCGGCGAAGUCCAGCAGCGACGGGGAAGGGCGAUAUCGCGAGGCCAGUCGACGUCUACGAAUGGUCAGCGGCGGGAGACCUCCACCGGCGACGAGGGUAGCAGCGGCGAGAAGGGGGGAGUGGCCUCCAUCUUUUCCGGUGAAUUAAACAGUGGGGAGUCCAGCGAGCAUCCUCUGCUCCGGAGAAAAAAGCAGCGAAGGCGUCUAGAAGGCAGGCCGGCGACGGCGUCUGGGCAGCGACUCCGGCGAUAUCUGCUAUAUCUGCAAUGUCUCUUUUCACUACCCAAUCGCCAACUGGAGUUGUGAGUUUCCUUCUAGUUUCAAUCGGAUCUGUUAAGUAAAUGUAAAUGUCGCUAGGCUUUUCUCAUUAAAGCCUAACAGUUGUGGAUUUAUGAAAAGCUACAAAUUCUGCAUCUAUUGUGACUUAGCUUUGAUUGUGAAUAGAUGUCUGCUGCGGCACAGCAUGCUUAAUGAGACUAUUUGACUCAUUAGAGUAUAUUAAGGUCUAAUUUAUGAACUAUUUAGGAUAAUUGUUGGAGCUGUUUUAAGGUCAUGUGUGUGUGUUUUAGUAUACUCAUAGGUAAUAUCUUCUAUUGUAAACUUCAUCACAUACCGGGAAUAGUAGAAGCUAGAGUUGAGAAUAUUAAUGAAGUAUGGAGUGUGUUGCAGGAAGCAGUGCACGGGCUGUGGGAUCCAACAAUGUGAAUGAGCAUAGUAGCCGUUCUCACUGGAUUAAGUCAUCCCUUAACAGACUUACUUCUCAAGUAAAAUCCUACUCAAUUGAUUUUCUUGUUGUUAUUGAGCCAAUUGUGGCUCCAAAUAAGCUGGACUCCUACAUGUUUAAGCUAGGCUUCACGAACUCCCGGGAUGUUCUUAACAACAAGAUUAUCAUGGUCACAACGGCGUCAAGAAUUGAAGGUCUAUAUUCCCUUGAUUCAAUGCUCGAUGUUAUUGAGGGGACAAAUAACUAAAUUAGCAUGCUCAAUGGACAAUUAGAAUGUAACUUUAAUUAUGUAAAGAUUAAAUUAUUGGAUCCUAU